UCUCACCCGGAAGUGCUGGCCGUCGGUCUCCACGCUGUUGCUAAGGCCCUGCCCUCGGCAUUUCCUAACGCUCCUGCUCCGGGGACAGGCAGAGAGUGUAACCGGCAGCCGGUGCGGGAUGGCGGCCCGGCCCAAGAAGCGCAGAGCGGCGGCGGCGGCGGCGGUGGCUAGCGAGAAGGAGGAGGCGGUGGAGCGGCGGCUGGAGGAGCUGCUCUUCGGGGGCGAGGAAGCGCUGGUGGAGCGGCUGCAGCUUGGACAACAGACAAAUUUAGGCAAAUCUUUGCUGGACGAUGAUUCCAGUGACUCUGAAGUGGAAAAUGAAGCCAAAUCCAAUCUUCCUGUAUCCAAGAAAGCUGUGUGGGUGGAUGAAGAGGAUGAAGCAGAAGAUCUUGUGGAUAUGACUCAUCGAUUCCGGAAAGACUUCGUGAAAAGCACCACGGAGAAGACUCUUAGUAUGGGGCAGCUGCAGCAGAGACUAAGGGAACAGUUUCAGGCUGCAAUGGGUGGAACACCAUCCUGGGCAGAGAACAAAGUGAAAAAGAGAAGAAAGGACAAGAAAGAUUUGGAGGAUGAAAGCGAUGAAGAUGAAGAUUUGUUGCAGAAAACUGGCAAUUUUGUGACACACUCUGAGUCCCUUCCCAAAGGCUUGUUACAGAUAAAGAAUUGUAAAGAUGCCAACUACAGCAGACGAUCAAAUGCAAAGUUAACAACAACCCAGUUCCAUCCAGCUGCUCAAGUAAUACUGACUGCUGGGCUUGAUCAGUCCAUCUCACUCUUUCAGGUCGAUGAAAAGACAAACCCCAAGAUUCAGAGUAUUCACCUGGAGCAGUUUCCUGUGUACAAAGCUCGCUUCAGUGCAGAUGGAGAGCAGGUUAUUGCUACAGGCAUCCACAACAAGAUGUUCUACAUGUACAAUAUGAUGGCUGGGAAAAUCAUUCCUGUCUACAAUGUCCGAGGGUUGGAGGAAAGGAAAGUUAAAGAGUUUGAAGUUUCACCAGAUGGCUUGUUUAUGCUGCUCCUUGGGACCUCAGGGUAUCUGCACCUUCUCUCCAUGAAGACUAAGGAAUUGGUGGGUAGUAUGAAAAUUAAUGGAAAGGCAGUCGCAGCCACCUUCUCUCCUGAUGGGAGCACAAUCUACACACACUCUGAUGAAGGGGAGGUUUAUGUUUGGGAUGUGAAGAGUAGGAAGUGUCUGACCAGAUUCAUCGACGAAGGCUGCCUGAGAGGAAUGUGUAUUGCUGUCUCCCGGAAUGGGCAGUAUGUGGCCUGUGGGUCCAGUUCUGGAAUUGUGAAUGUUUAUUCCCAAGAUACCUGUCUACACCAAACUAACCCUAAACCUGUGAAAGUUAUCAGGAACCUGGUUACCGCAGUGACAUCAUUGGCCUUUAAUCCAACAACAGAAAUCUUAGCUAUUGCCUCUAAGUCCACAGACGAUGCAGUCAAGAUGAUCCACAUCCCAUCCUUCACGGCAUUUUCCAAUUUCCCACUGGUUGGUAAGAAGACGAUUUGCUUGGUACAGGAAAUGGACUUCUCCCCCAGGAGUGGAUUCUUUUCCAUAGCCACGAACCAAGGCAAAGCCUUGUUGUACAGGUUGAAGCACUAUGCUGACUUCUAACCUGAGACUUUGAAUAAGAAAAGAUUCUGUUUUGGACAUUUAGAUCUCCGGAUACAGCCAUCGCUUUUGAUGUGGCAUUGCAAGUUGGAGAACAGUCUCAUCAGUCGGAUUCCACUGUACAGAGACAGCUCAUAGUUUGCUCUGAGGGGAACUCUGAGCAUUUCGUAAAGAAAUGGAACCCUUUGUUUCUAUGAAAUAAAUUGGCAGUGAGAUGAGUUUUCA